AUGUCGUCCCACCUUACGCCCUCUGCAAAACGGCGGCGGUUAGAUGCUGCUCAGUCAACGCUUUCAAAGCCAUUCAAGUCGCCGCUUCGCCGUGCAGUGGCUACAAAUGAGCCAGCGGCUACCUGCGAUACGGAGAGUACAUGCAGCAAUGAGGCGAGCGCCGCACAAGCUACGCAGAGUGCCAAAAAGGAACGGAGCUCAAUUUUAGUAUGCGAUCUCAGCGCUAAGACUUCCCUUCAGUCGGCCACGGUACCCCUAGGAUAUCUCAAAGAUCCACAACAGGAUACCAUCAAGAAGGCGUCGUUGCAUGGUGUCGAUAUCUCCAGCUCCUCAGAUGCUCAGGACCGCAUAAGACAGCUCCAGAAGCAACUUUCUUCUCUACACUAUCAGCUUUCCAAUUUGCGUACUGCGCUGGACACCACGACGCAGGCCGUACAGAUCGAGCAACUGAAGCAAGACCCUGAGCUUGAAGCCUUGAUCGUAAAGUGGAGACUUGUAGCGCGCGAAGCAACGGAAGAGCUAUUUGCGAGCGCCAGAGAACGAGUAAACAGGAUGGGUGGGGUUGGAGCGUGGAAGGAGAAGAUAAAACAGAGCCACUUGAGGAGAGCGGAGUGGGAUGCCUGUAGGGCGGAAGAUCCCCCAGCUGCGGAUGAGGAGGAAGGGAGCGAUGUUGAAAGAGAAAGAGAAGCAAGAAGGAGGGAGAUCAUUGAAGUAGAGAACGACAAUUACCAAGAGGUGGGGGUGACGGAGGAUGAUCGAGAAGAAGAACAGGAUGAGACUUUUACUGUUGACAUGCUACUCAGCAACUUAAACAUUGAUUUGAAAGUGGGGAGAGAUAUGGAUGGCGCCGCGAAGCAGACAGGAUUCUUCGUAUUGAGCCAUGUCCCUUUUGGCGAAUACGCUCAACGUGCUUCAAUGGUUGCUCGGCGAUGGUACAUCAUAUCAGACUCAAAAACCAACUGA